UCAAUUUCAACUUUUUCUCCUCAUUUUUCAGAAGAAUAUUUAAGGAAGAUCCAAUCUAUCUCAAUAAAGAGGAAAAAGGAUUCUUUUUCUUUUUUUUCUCUUUGACUGGAAACAAAAAUCGAAAAAGAAAAGCUUCUCUCAAUAAUUAUUUUUAUUGCUGUGAUGUUGUAAAAGGGAAAGUAAGGGGAUUUUUGGGAGAGAAAUGUUGGCCAUGGAGAAGGAUUUUGAUUCAAAGCUUAGGGUUCAGGGAACUGAUGAUACUAACAAAGACAAUUCUUCUAAGACUGGUGCUUCUAACAAUGUUCAGAGAUCUAAAAGCUUUGCAUUUAGAGCUCCUCAAGAGAAUUUCAGUAUUCAGGAUUUUGAACUGGGUAAGAUCUACGGUGUUGGUUCUUACUCGAAGGUUGUGAGGGCAAAGAAGAAGGAUACGGGAAUGGUGUAUGCUUUGAAGAUCAUGGACAAAAAGUUCAUCACUAAGGAAAAUAAAACUGCAUAUGUAAAGCUGGAACGUAUAGUGCUGGACCAAUUGGAGCAUCCUGGUGUUGUGCGGCUCUAUUUUACAUUUCAAGAUACUUUUUCACUAUACAUGGCACUUGAGUCCUGUGAAGGUGGAGAACUUUUUGACCAAAUAACAAGAAAAGGUCGUUUAUCAGAGGAUGAAGCUCGCUUUUAUGCUGCAGAAGUUGUAGAUGCUCUUGAAUACAUACACAACAUGGGAUUGAUACAUCGAGAUAUUAAGCCAGAGAACUUGCUUCUUACUACAGAUGGGCAUAUUAAGAUUGCUGACUUUGGCAGCGUAAAGCCCAUGCAGAAUAGCCAAAUUACAGUCUUUCCUAAUGCAUCCUCAGAUGAUAAGGCAUGCACAUUUGUGGGGACUGCCGCAUACGUUCCUCCUGAAGUUCUAAAUUCUUCCCCAGCGACUUUCGGAAAUGACCUCUGGGCACUUGGCUGCACCUUGUACCAAAUGCUUUCAGGGACUUCUCCUUUUAAAGAUGCAAGUGAAUGGCUAAUAUUUCAAAGAAUCAUAGCCCGAGAUAUAAGAUUUCCAAAUUAUUUUUCUGAAGAAGCUAGAGACCUUAUUGAUCGCUUAUUGGAUCUAGAUCCCAGUAAACGACCAGGUGCUGGACCUGAUGGUUAUGCCACGCUCAAGAUGCAUCCUUUCUUUAGGGGAAUUGAUUGGAGUAGUUUAAGAGCACAAACCCCUCCAAAGCUUGCUUUAGAGACAGGGGCUCAAUCAAGUGAUGGUGAUGAUUAUAAUGAUUCUUCAUGGAAUCCUGCGCACAUUGGAGAUGGUUCUGCCGGGCAGAGUGAUGGAAUCGUCAGUUCCUCAUCAUCAGCGGAAUCUUCUGGUCAUAUAACUAGACUUGCCUCAAUUGAUUCCUUCGACUCAAAAUGGCAACAAUUUUUGGAUCCGGGGGAAUCUGUUCUUAUGAUCUCAAUGGUGAAGAAACUACAGAAGUUAUCAAGCAAGAAGGUGCAGCUUAUCCUCACCGACAAGCCAAAAUUGAUCUAUGUUGAUCCUUCAAAACUGGUCGUGAAAGGGAACAUUAUUUGGUCCAACAAUUCUAAUGACCUCAGCGUCCAGGUCACAAGUCCAUCGCACUUCAAGAUUUGCACGCCAAAAAAGGUGCUAUCAUUUGAUGAUGCGAAACAAAGAGCAUGGCAGUGGAAAAAAGUGAUCGAAGGGCUUCAAAACCGGUGAAGAGAUUCUAUUUGAUGGACAUCACAUGGGAACUAUUAAACAAUGGACAUCCGGAAGCUAUUUGUUUCCAGAUUCAGCUAUCCGCUGGCAGUUCAUUGUAAGCUUUCAUUCCUUCUUUCGUAGAAUUGUUGUGUGAUGAAGACUUUUAUACCUGUUUGAAGCAUGUAGAAUCUGAAAUACAGUUUUUAAGUGAAAAAAACAGAGUGGGGAAGAGGAAGGGGUUUUGCUGUCAAUUAUAUGUUAUUCAAAGGAUGUUACCAUCAGCCAUUAAUGAAAAUUUCUUUUCGUGAUUUA